AAAAGGCGUGUCAACCAAACGAUCCUGUGUUAGCUGCAGGAUGUUUAGACAGAUAACGUCCCCACAGUGAAAUGAGCCACAGGUGGAAAUACUUGGCAGGAAAAACCACCAUUUGCAUGACUCACUAUUGCAUCACCUUAGAAAUGCACCAAUGCAGCUCCGGUUCACGAUGCCCGUACCUGUCACACAUGAAUGCUCUCUGUUCCCACAAUCAACCUCCGUCUCCCAGUUCACAGCCUGAUCCUGGGCACCAGUAGCACCACGGACUGCUAACGCUGAGCGCAUACCUGCUGCUGUCAGGUUUGAACUAACGUCGCUGUUCUCUUCUCUCCACAUGGCUCUGGAUGUCACCUCCACCUGACUCUUACCCGACCUCCUCGUGACCCUGUGUGCACCACUCAACAGGUAAGUCACUUUUAUUUUAAUCUCUGACCCACAUAACCUCCGUGCUACGCUUCUAUUAGUCGAUCCCAUAUGAGAGGUACUUUACGCUUCACGACCUGCACUGCCCGUCACACAAUGCAGCUCAGUUGUAACCCAGCCUAAUUCGGAUUAACUGUAAAACCUUAAUCUCUGACUUGCAAUACCCACCUUUUUCUGAAUCAUAUUGUAUCAUAUUAUCUUUGUAUUAUGGGAUAUAAUCCACAAAUGUUCUGGCUCAGUGAUAGAAGCAGCAGAGGAAAAUAUGUGAUUAUGUUUGUGAACAUGGAUUCAGAUUGUAAGCGGACAGAGGCCUAGGGCUUAUGUUGAUGGGAUGCACUCAUGUCCCAGUACUUUUACAGCAUUGAUGAUGUUAUCUUAUUGGCUAAUGAUGUAUUUUCCAGUAAUGUCACCAUAUUGUCUUCCGUAAGUUUUAUAUUUAGUUUUUUUUUAAUUGCAGCAUCCUUGUCAUUGUGUGUCUGACUCUUAUGUGUUAUGAAGCUUUACAUUUGCUGCAACAAGCUUAGUGCAGAAUAUAUCUGCUUAUGUUAUUUGGUUUUGUCUUGUGCUAACACGCAACUCGUGGUGUUCAUGGCAUCACUGUAAAAGGUUUAAGAUAAUGUCUUUGUGUCUCACGCAGACAUAAAUAACCCUUCACGAUAGUGCUUGUGUAUGUAUUUGUAGAAAAGGACUGUAUUUUAGUGAAUGACAGCAGUACUCAGCUGGAAUCCUACCCACUGGUUUUCACAUCCUGCAGUCACGCUACAAGGCUGUCAUUUAACCAGACCAGCGUUGCCACGUACGUCAGCGCGAAAAUUAUAUCACAUAUCACAGCCUGAGUCAUUUUUCAUGUUAAGUUUGGUAAAUAAAGAACAAUUAUUUAAUUGUGUGAGCUUUAGUUGCACAGUUUCCAUGUGUAGCGUUGACUAUAAUGUGGUUUCAGCAACCUCAUUUGUGACAUAACGUAUGUAAAAUAGUUUUUUCUUUCCCAUAACACAGGAGAGGAAAUCCACCUCUCUGCUGCUACCACUUCCUCUGUGAGAGCAGUGAUUAGGCAAACCUCAAAUUGUUUCACAGCCAAGGGGCUCAGUAUAAGCGUUCGUGUUGGAGCUAUUUGGGCAAACCAGCCGCCAAUUAAGGUGGAGGUUUGAUGAAGCCAGGUUUUAGUGUGUGGCCAGGUGGUUUUAUUUGUGGGUUAGUGUGCUUUUAAUUGCAGAUCACUCCCAGGGUUGUGCUUUUAUGGCACUCUCACUUCAUCCACUUGGCUCCAGGUUGCUCCAAGUCACGCACACAUGCACAGCCGCCCGCCUGUAGCUGGCGACAUCUGGCUGAGGCAUGCAUGUCCCAGCCUGCAGAGGCAUUUGGGUGGGAUUGACACGUACAUAAUACAUACAUGUGCACAGGAGCACGCAACGUGACAUACUAAUGCUGUCAUACCUAGCAGUGUCCUAUAUCUGUGUGAGAGCUAACCUUAAAAUGAGGUAAAGUCAUGAGUUUUAGUUUACGGCUUCAACCAUAGCAAUUGCUGUGAUUACUGUAACUAUUUUGCAUGGUGAUGAAGCCUUGGUGCCAAACCAAAAUGGAUGCAAGCAUCACAUUCAUUAUAGUCUUCUCAGAGUAAAUAAAGACUAUGCUGUGCUGCCAUGCAUCCAUCUAUCUUUUUCAGGGGAUGUUGCACAGUGCCCUGAUCUGUUUAAUCAGCAACCGGCCUAUUUGCAGUAAACCUGUUGAUGCCCUGUUACAUAGACUCAGGAAUACUGUACUGUUUGUGUUUUUAGGGACUCUGUUGCUGUUUUAAGUUGUUCGUUACAGUAAUGGGAGUCCUGGUCCUUACAUUCUGUGUAGGCGAUGCACAGUAGAAGCUGCUGUUGAUUUAAAGCUGUAAUAUAAGAUGUUUCUAAAUAGACAAAGCCAAAAUAGCCUGUUUGUGUCUCCCACCCGCGUGACUCCUUUCAUUCAGAACAGACUGCAUGGAGGGGCUUGGGAUGCCUCAAAACAAAUGAUUGAAUUGUGAGGAUUAAAGUGAUUAUAUGUGAUGAGCGCACAAUGGAUCGGCCUCAAGCCGGGGCCCCCUGCCUCACUCACUCGCUCAAACUGCUGACUGUCUAGAUUUCCUACAAUCACAAACACUAGGCCCAAGCUUGUGCCAGGCCGAUGGGUUGAUGUCUUGUUUAAAUUACUUAUUAAUGCUCAAUAAUUUGUAAUAAGGGGAUUAGUACAUAAGUGAGUGUGGUCUAGUGUUUCCCCCCCCCAUUUUUGUAGAUGUACCUAAUAAAUUGGCCAUAUUAAUGUGUCUUCAUACAUCAGUUACUGGGCGGCUGCAAGCUUCCCCUAACUCUGAUAGGGUGGAAAGAUUUCAGGGGGGUGUCAGUGUGGUAGAGACAUUGGUGGGGGGGCUUCAAAGCUGUUUCCUGCAGUGUAUAAGCUGGCGCGCUGCCACUCGGAGCGUGUGCGUGUGUGCGCGAUUAUGUGUGCGAGGGGAUUCCAUGAGGGAGGGAGACGGCAAAGGAGGCAGCGGGGGAGAGGAGAGCGUGCGCCAGGGUCCGCGUGUGGACGGGUCGACUGCACAGCGUAGAGCGAGAGGGCGAGGACGGAGGGAGCGAGCGGUUCCGUGGGGAUGAGCCAUGUUCUGUCUGAAAGCGGUGUCUAAUCUGGAUGAGGAGAGCAAGUGGACGGUCCAUUACACGGCUCCGUGGCACCAGCAGGAGAACGUGUUCCUGCCAGGCAGCAGGCCACCCUGUGUAGAAGACCUCCAUCGACAGGCCAAAGUCAACCUCAAGACUGCUCUGCGAGAAUGUGACAAGCUGAGGAAGGAUGGUUUCCGGAGCUCCCAGUACUACUCUCAGGGUCCCACCUUCUCUGACCCCAUUCAGUCCACCAGCAGCCUGCAGGACGACGAGGACGAUGAAACCGACAAGAAGUCCACAGCAUCGUCAGCAGAAGAUGACAAAUCGGAGCUCUCCAUGAGGCCCCAGACGCCACAGGGAGGCGACGAAGAAGGGGAGGAGUCAGAGGUUGACAGGCAGAUGGUAUGGAACAAGGCCAUGCCCCUUCCCACGCCUGAAGAGAAGAUGAGGCGGGCAGCGCAGGCCGUGCCCACGGACAUAGUCGCCAUCAACGUCACAGGGGCAGUGUUUGACCGACAGGCGAGCAUCCGGCGUUCCCUCAUUAACACUGACACCGUGUCCCGUCGGCCCAAGAAGGUCAAACGCAGAAAGACUAUAUCAGGUCUGCCUGAAAACAUCAACAUGGAGCUAGCAGCGAAAGGACGUGGCGGGGAGCUCCGGCCGCAUUCCAUGUUCAUCCCAGGACAGUACUCCACUUUAGGCCGAGUAGGCAGCGUGAACUCCACACUCCGACGUUCAGACACCAGAGAUUCGAGCUGCCAAACUGAAGAAGUCAAGGUUGUACCCCCGUCCAUGAGAAGAAUCCGGGCACAGAGGGGGCAGGGCAUCGCCGCCCAGAUGGCUGGCAUUUCUGCUUCUUCUUCAACAGGAAGUAUAUCCAUCUCCAGUACUGACAGCUCUGGGAUCUUGAUGCUGCCACAUCAGUUUAAUGCGGACCCCUCCCGUUUCCACAGUCUGCCUAGACAGGGUGCAAGGGUGUCUCUCAGUGCAGAUCCCAUCUAUAGCAGCACUCCCAUCAAGUCAGAGGAGCUGUCUACAUCUCAGAGGCAGAUUGGAAAGCUUCAGGUUGAUGAUACGGUGGUGCACAUGAGAAAUGCCCCGAGGACAGGGACCCUGCCCCGGCCCAAGUCUCAGGAGGUGAGGGCGACACAGUCCAGUGAAUGGGGCGGGGGUCCAGCCUGUGUGGUCUCACCGCAUGCUGCUUAUUCCACCUCGCUCAUCCCCAACGCCACCAUGUCCAAGUCUACCGAGGUCAUUGCCCUCAGCUCAUCUGGCCAGAUCCCUCACACCCCAGCCUCCGCUUACGCCACAGCUCGACCACUCAGCCUGGCUUCCUCCAUCAACACUGACCCUGCAACGUCAAGUCCAACAGGCUUCACCCACAGCUCCACCUGCCCGGCGCUGGCUACCUCCACCCCAACACAUGCACCACAGGACGGUGGUCUGGUGCUGGCAGCAACUGCUAGCGAGUCAGGGCACUCGGACAGCAGCGCACACAGCCUCAGCACCCUGGCCCCCACACCUCCAUCCCGCCUAGCGGAGGAACAGUGGAUGUAUGACACACCAGACAACGUGGUGGCCCCACACCGCACUCUGACCUCCAGCUGCUCCACUCCUAUCAACCAGCUGUACAGCAGCCUGGAGCUCUCCUCCCGGACCACGACUGACUCCAGCUCCCUGUACUCGCAGGACAAUGACGGAUACUACACCUCCAUGCACCUGGACUCGGGCCUGCGCUCCCGCAGCCAUGGCAGCGGGCACGGGGCAGGAGCGGGGCGUGCCAUGAGACACAGCAUGUAUGAGUGCCGCGAGAUGGCCAAUCAGGACGACUCUGGAAGUCUGUACAGUGAUCACUCGCUGUCCCGCAGCAUCUCCCUUCGCAAGUCCAAAAAGCCUCCUCUGCCCCCGGCCCGCACAGACUCUCUACGACGCAAGCCUGGUGUGAAGAAACCCCUCGGAGGGGUUAGCGCCCUGGGCGGCGCUAGCCAAGCUAAUGGAGCCAUGCUCAACGAGUCUCUCAUUGCCAGCUUGCAGCAGAGCCUUCAAAUGGGAUUGAAGGGAGGCAAAGGAAAGGGCGCCUCCCCGUCCUCACCCUCUCACAGCCCCAGCAGCGACUACGACGACCCCUGGUUGCUGCGGCCGCGCAGCCAGAGCAGCAUUAGCGCAGGUAGCUCUGCGGCGUCGCUAGCAGCUAACACAAACUGCAGCGGCGUGUCUAACGUGUACUCGCUGUGCCACGUCACGCCCGCUCACAGCGACACCAGCAGCUUGCGCUCCGAUUACGCCGACUCGUGGGGUUAUUAUAUGGAGUACCCGCGUAACCACGGCGACCAGAGGGCGCAGACCCCUCCAGCGCAUGCUGCAGAUAACAUAUCUGUUGGGCCUCUCCAAGGAGGCCUGCAGAAUGGAGGCGAGUGUCCUAACAGACAGGACCACCCUGGAGGUGCAGAGCAGGGGGAGGGGGUGGCGGUGAAGCCCAAAGCCUCCACCUCCUCACCAGACAGAGUACACAGACUCACCUCCCCCUCUAGCGGCUACUCCAGCCAGUCCAACACCCCCACCGCGGGAACCCCAGUGCCGUCGAUCGCCAGGUCCCAGUCUCCCUCCGGCAACCGACCCAAACCCAAAGUGCCGGAGAGGAAGUCCUCCCUUCUGUCUUCUGUGUCCAUGUCCUCCUCCUCCACCUCCCUCUCCUCCAACACUUCAGACUCACUGAAGAGCACGGGUCCUCCUCCACCUCCACCGCUGCCCCUCUUUUCAUCCUCGGCUCCCAGCACUCCACUUAGCCCACCCCCACCUUUCCCCCCUCCGUUGCCCCCAAGUUCCAGUGCAGACAGUCCUCCACCAGCUCCCCCGUUACCAGCCACACCACAGCCUAACUCUCUCAACCCACCCGCUAGCUCUACGUCCCCAGAGUUUCCACCUCCUCCAUCCCCUGAAAUGCUUAUUCACCCUAGUUUAUCCUUCAAUGGGAGCUUCAGUCCUCCCCCACCGCCUCCACUUCCCUCCUUAGGGCCCCCUCCGCCUCCACCUCCUCCGCUGCCCACCUUUAGCUCAUCUUUUGCAUCUACAUCUUUUGUGAAGAGAGAAACAGACGCUCCCAAACCAGCUGCUUCCAGUAGCCCUGAAAAGUCACAGAAGCCCCUGAUCACCCCGUUUGCGCUGCAAAGUGUCCAGUUACGCUCUGUUAAACGGCCAGAUAAGGAAACGAAUGACAACUCAGACCCCAUCAUGACCCGAGAAACAGAGGGACUGCCUCUGCUUCAAAAGCCCCCAGUCAUGGAGAAACCCUGCUCCCAGGAGAACAACACUGUGUUCCCUGUGUUCAACAACUCCCCAGAUGAAGACUCGCGUAACUCCUCACCAUCACCUGUAUCACAGCUUUUAGAAGGCUUCUCAUUAGACUGCAGUAUCACAGAUGAAACACCAGAUAGUGCUGUCUUAAAUGGAAAAGCUGAAGAUCUGAGUUACUUUCACUUGAAUGGGAAUGAAACAGAUGAAGGGCAGGAAUCGCCGCAGAGCUCCCAGCUUGGCUCGCACAGCUCUCCUGUCAAACGACAGCCCCCUGCAGUCUCCAAGAAACCAAAGCUCUCCUUCCUCCCGCCAUUUAGCCCCCAAUCAAUCAAUGAACCACUUCCAUCUCAGCAGGAACAAACAAGCAGCCUGUACCGGACGGAGGACCAAGUGGAUGCUCUGCACAUCAAGGCAAAAGAUGAGGAGGAAGAAAAGGAGAGGGAGCAACAGGAGGAGGAGGAUAUUUCAGAAGGCACCGCGCCAUUAGCGGGGAGCAGCGAAGCAUGCACAGAAAUCAAGGACGAAUCUCACAUCUCAGCCUGCGAGGAGACAAGCCUUGACUCUGGACCCACGAACGGAGAGGCUCAUGAUGAGGAAGAAGAGGAGGGAGACGGAGCGAGCAGCACCACAGGGUCCAUCAGCUCCCAGGAGGAUGACACAGGUGAGGUGUUCGACUCCAGUACGGCUGAAUCGUCUCCGGCCCCGUCGGCCAACGGGGCGGCUGAGAGGAACAUGGUCACCCCGACUCCCACGCGGCCCCGGACCACCGAGGACCUGUUCGCUGCCAUUCACAGGUCCAAGCGCAAGGUCCUGGGUCGCAAGGACUCUGAGGACGAGAAGUCCCGCGCCGGGAGCCACCCCCCGUCUCCCCCCGCCACCCCCACCAGCGCGUCCCCCGUCGGCCCGGCGUCCCCGCUGCCCCGGCAGACCAGCUCCAUCCAGCGCAACCUCCGCAAGUCGUCCACCAGCAGCGACACCUUCAAGGCGCUGCUGCUGAAGAAGGGCAGCCGCUCCGAGACCAGCUUCCGAAUGUCCGCCGCCGAGAUGCUGCGCUCCACCGACCCGCGCUUCCAGCGGACGCGCUCCGAGUCGGCGCUGGAGUCGCCCGCCUCCCCCUCCUCCCCGACCACCCCCCACAGCCCCUUCGCCUCCCCCGGACGCGCCAAGCGGGCCACGGACGAGUGGAGCCGCCACGAGGCCCCGGCCGCGUCCUCGCCGGCGUCGCCGUCCUACUCCAUGGGCGGCUCCAAGUACGGGCGCUCCCGCACGCCGCCGUCGGCCGCCAGCAGCAAGUACAACGCGCGCAGCCGCAUCCUCAGCAGCCCCAUGACGGUCAUCUGCGAACGGGAGGGCGAGCUGGCUGAGAGCGAGUACGCGGACGCUGCAGAGGCGCUCCAGAACGCCAACGGCACUUUAUCUGAAGGGAGCAGAACUUAAGGAGGCGCCCGCGGAUACAGGCUGAACUCCAGUGUUUUAACAGGUAGAGGCAGGAAAGGAGCCAAGUGAGGGCCCAUUAGAGACACCGCCUCGGAGGAUGUGAGCGUGUCCGGUCCUGAUGUGAGGUUGGAGGACGCCCCUUCACAGACUGGACUGAAGUGGACAGCUGGUUCUGGUGUAGCUUUUUGAGACUCCCAUGGUUCUCACUCUCCCGUUUGGUGACUCACCCUUUGUGUUACGAAACCAGCGUUUCUUAGUUUGUUUUCCAUUUGUUUUGCUGUUUAACAAUUUCACCACCGAUACUCUGAAAAUCAAGGAUCAGAUGGCAAACUAAGGUGAAUCGAAGGACCUGAGAGGUCACGAGUUGUUUGCUCAGCUUGCUGCUGUGAUGCUACGUAGCCAGGCGGCCAGAGUGGACUGUGAACGUGUGCUUCGUUGGCUCUGGGAAGUGUGUGAGGCUUCAGGGUCGAGGGGGGGCAGUAGGUCCACCGGUCAAAAGGCAACAAGUCGAUGAAGGUUUGGGGUUAAACACAAAAUAAAUUAUUGCUAAUUUCCUCAAAGUCCAAAAAAUGCUAACGUGUAGAUUUUGCACUGUCCAUAGGUCUUUUCUUUGUUUGUGACUUCAAAAGUAUGUUUUAAAGUUUGUUUCUGUAAACAAGGGAUGUGCUGACUUAGCUCUGUAUGAUUCUAUAAAUGUAAAGCCAGAAUCCACGUUAGACACAGCUGAUUUACUGCCCGGGUCUGUCAGUGAUCACAUUGGCCAAAGAACUGAACAAUCAAUGGGAGCUCGCCUGCUCGUCCAGACGUUUGGUUUGCUGAGACCCACUGGGACCUUCUUAGGACUUAGAUGGUUUCUAUAAUGCUGUUGAGCUUCUCGCUUCCGUUUAUCCUUUUGCAGUUUUAUAUUGUUCCGUAUGUAAAUACAUAGAGAGAUUAGUUUUAAGUAACAUUGACUUAUUUUCAAAAAGACUUUGUACAUUGCAGAGGCUCGUGUCUGCUGGAAGGGAGUCGCUUUCUUUUUUGUAGACUAUUUAUUUUCACACAGCCGGGCUGCAGUACAGUGACCUGCUCAGGCUCAGCAGACAGGCUGACGGAGGCUCCCAGGGUCAAGAGGGGCUUUGGACCACGUUCACCACUGUGACUCUUUCCUUUAAAAGGUGCUUCACGAUGAAAACCCGCUAUGUCGUUAAUAUUUAUGCUUUAGCCUUCCACAGCCCUUAAUCUUGAAUGAUGCAAACCUCCCGCUGGUAAAUGUGGUCUCUGAGUCUCUCAGCCGUAAGACUUCAGAACCUCCUAACAGCCAGUAACGCUGCGGUUCCGUGACCGCAGCGCGUCUGCGCCGCGAUCGGUCACUCGUCUCGCCCCUGAACGUUCCGAUCUCAGAGCGGAGUCGUGAAGCGGUGGGAGCCGAGCCGGAGGCGUCUGCGAACGCUCCUGUGUACGUCUGUGUAAUAAUACAAGGUGGUAUUUAAA